CGUCAGUAACAUGAUUCGUACGGCUCAGACUCGGACUAUGCGGAGGUAUCCGCCGAUAGAGGUCAAUGGCGGACUGUGUAGAGUGGUAGCGCCUGUCUUUGGUGCACCGCAAGCGAGAUGGAAAAGAGCUUUUCCGACUGCUGCCGAAGCACGGAUACCACUCCAACGCUUCGCCUUCUCCACUUCCUCCCGGUCCUACUCGGCCGUAUCGUCGCAGCGACCGGCCCUCUUCAAGCUCAAGAAUGCUAUCAUACCCGGCCUCAAGGGACAGAGCAACGGCAUUGGACGAUCUGAUACCCUCGAUCUUAGCAUCGAAGACAGAGCAGGGGAGGAAGCGUGGGCCGUCACCGGACCUGCAGCCGAUCGGGGUGGGGCGGUCAAGGCAGAGGUGGUCAAGACAUUGCUAGGCCUCAGCAGGCCAAAACAGCCUGGCCAGUCGCCGGGGUCUACCACCCGUCAUCCGUCCCCGCAUCCUUUCCUGCAAGGCGAUACCUACAUGCCUGCCUCACAAGCGCUCCGCCUCGUUUCCUUCUCAUCGCGUUUAUCCUCAGCUUAUGCCUCCUCGAGUGCGUCGAACUCCUUCGUCGACUUCUCCACGCGCUACGGAGCGAUUAGAGAGGAGGACCGGGUGACCCUCUACGAGUCGCUCAUGGCAGAGAUGGGUACACAGACGGGCUUGAUGGCCCGCAUGGCGCUCAUGCCGGACCCUCUGGCGAAUCCUGAAGAAGAGGCUCAGAGAGAUUACGCAGAGGGCGUCACCAGACUGAAGUGGUCUGGCCCCGAGGAAGAGCAGCAGGCGCGGGAGCUGGCGAGACAAAACCAUGCCAAAAUCACUGAAAUGGCCCCGCUGCUGCAGCUGAGCCAGGGCGACCCGCCUUUGCUGAUCCGGCCAGUAGUAGCACUGUCCAAUGGGCAGACGCGUAGGGCAAGGAUACUAGCCGCACUGUGCGUCGGUUGUCAAGUCCUGGUACUCGAAGAGCCCUUCACAGGUCUUGAUCCCCCCACUCGGGCAUCUCUCACAGAGCUGCUAAGCGGACUGCACUCGCGGCGAAGCCCUCGCGUCAUCUGCGUCCUGCGUGAGCAAGAUGAGCUGCCAGACUUUGUCACAGACGUUCUUAGUAUUGGUGAAGAGGGGCAGGUCGUCUUCAAGGGCUCUUUGCCCACAGAUCCUCGCCCGAGGACGGCAGCUGAACUCUCCCAGCAAGCCAGCGGAAAGCAGGCAGAGCAGAAGGGAGGCUACGAGCUCUGUCUCUCCCAGUCUUCUCAAGGCGUAGGACGAGGUGACGAAUCGCAAGUGCCUAUAGUGGAGAUGAAAGAAGUCUGCAUCGCCUACAAGGGCAAGCCGAUCCUAGAUCGAGUCUCACUGCGUCUCCCACCGGGCUCACGAACGAUCCUCGUAGGUGAUAAUGGAUCAGGAAAGACUACGCUCCUCUCUCUUCUCUUGGGAAUGCACCCGCAGUCCUACUCCCUCGGUGCUGAUCAGCUUACCCUCUUCGGUCAAGCGCGAGCAGAGCCAGUGAAUGCUACCCCACUACUGAGGAAGCGAUGUGGACAAUUGAGCCCAGAGUUGGUCAAUGCUUUCCCCAGACGCGGGCUGGAGUAUGGAGGACUUUCCGUGCAAGACAGUAUAGGCAGCGGCUUCGAAGGAAUCUUUUCCCGUAGAGAGCUCACCCCUGAGCAGGUGAGCCGGGUGAGAAGCCUCGUACGACGCUUCCAGCACGUCCUCGUUCUUCCUCCCAACUCUGCCUCCUUCUCAAGCAGAAGCAAUGCAGAGCAAGACGCCCUCUCCACUCUCCUGGCCCUGCCCCUGCACGCCCUCACCCCCGGCUCGCAAGUUCUGGUCCUCUUCCUGCGCGCAAUUGUGCAUCGACCUGAUUUACUGGUGCUGGACGAGCCCUUUCAAGGAAUGUCCUCCAAGCAGGUUACCGCCGUCAGGGAUUUCCUAGAUGGAGACGUCGACCUCGACCGCGGCCGGGAGGACGGGGCGGAUCAGUCGAGAGGGGAGCAGGAGGAAAGAGAGCAAGACCGAGCUUGGCUGGAGAAGAUGGCUCUGGUUCUUGUGAGCCAUUUCGAGGAAGAGUGGCCACGUACUGCUGGACGGCUGAUCCGGUUGCGCGAGGGGAGCGUGGUAGAAUCCUUUUAGAGCAUCGUCUUGCUAAUGUCAUGAUUCUGACUACCUGAACAUGUAAGUCCAAAUCUGCUCAUGUGUCAAUACUAGUCGUUUCUAGGUUCAAAGUGGG